AUUUCCUAGAAAAAUAAACGUCGACUACCUUCUCCGUCGGCUCUUCUGUGAAAUCGUUAAAAAAUUCUUGCCGCGGCAUUCGCCGGUAAAUACGGAGUUCACGACGGUCUCGGUAAUCGUGCGGAGCAACUUGGUUCGCAGUGUAAAAUAACGCGAGGUAUGUUCGGUCGAUCAAUAAAUUAUUGAAGAAAAGUCGCGUCCAGUGUGCAGAACCGGAUGGCCGAAGGGCGAAUCCAACUGCGAAUAAAGAACUUAUCUUUCUCAGUGCUGUCACCGAGGAAUACUCCAAAUCAAUGAGAAUAAAAUGUUGCGUGCGCGAUACGGCGUAACCUGCUGCUGCUGCUGUUCUGUAUAUCAAAGUAGAACGAAUGACAGUCGACGGUGGUAAAGGUGGGCUAGCAUAAAAGAGUAGACAUGCCUCAUGGCUGGAGGCAGCGGCAGCAUCAGACAAGGUGGAAGUUACGACAGAACAAACUUGUGGCUAUAUCAUCAUCACCUGUACCCUUGUCUUUCAUCUAAGCCCCCUACCACCGAAUCUUUUAAAAAGCGCCACAGAGCAGAAACUAAACGUACUUGUUUGAAAAACAUCGAAUUACUUCAAGAAAAUAUUCUCAGAAUAUUUGCGGAGUCUCUGCAUUGCGAUCUUAAAAUAAUACACGGCUCUAACGCAAUUUAUACAAACGAGUGCAUCGUUAGGACAAGAUCGCCAGAAUUUUACGAGGUUCUCAAACCAUAUUUUAUAUACAAUAAUAAAAAAAUUGAAUGUUUUCUCGAUACACCUGGAAUAUUUCAUCAAGUUGAAAGUUUUAUAAGACUUCUAUAUAGUAACUUGGAUCUCUCCCAGGAAGAACGGUUACUGGUAGAACUCAUUCUGAAUAUCUCAUGCACUGUUCCAACUGCAGAAGCUCCAUACACCGAUGAAACAUCUCAUUACAAAGAAAGAUCCUUCAAGGAGAUCCCACUCACGACGUUAACGGAAGGCACGAGGUCGAUCCUGUGGAAGAAUUGUAAACUCUUGGAUAGUAACGAAGCAAACAGAGAAGAUGUUAUCAUCGAUGUGAGUCCUAUGUCUUCUGAUAUGGCCGAUUCCGGACUAGAAACCGGCUCGGCAAGUCCACGGGAAAACAGUGUCUCGGAGACUUCCGGUAUGGAUCUCGAGGAGUCACAAGCGGCUGAGGAUAUAUCGACUGACGAGGAUUCGAACAAGAUAACUCGUAGAAGUAAGGAGGCAAGAAAACAGAAGCAAGGCUGUAUAAUUUCUAAGCACUCUAACGAGAUAACCAGUUGCAAUGACGUGCAUGGCGUUAAGAGUCUGAUAGAGUCGGCAGUGAUGGAAUGCAUUUCUAACGAUGACGCAACUUGUUCCUUUGACCGACCUGAGCAACAACAACAACAACAACUAGAUUCAUCUGGUUCAUCCGACGAAAAUGCCCAUAAGACAAAGGAACAGUCCGAGGAAGUAUCUCAAUAUGAGAAUCGCGUACUUAACGAUCCGUUCUACGAAUCUGAUUGUGAAAGUGAUGGGAAUGAGCAGACUAACUCAUUCGUACCUACGGAGUCCUUUGAAUUUAUCGAUCCUGUCAACAUGUCACCAGGCGCAUCCGACACUGAGAGAGAAUUCGCAAAGUACGAAGGCUUCAAUAAAGUCGAGAACGAGAAACUGAACAGCAGCUCCGAGGCCAGAAGCAUGACUACUGAACAACUCCGUCAUGAAUUGUCUCAUUCGAAUGAUCUACCCAUUAAGAAGAGUUCCUCGAGUACGAGCAGUUAUUACUUUAUAGACGCUUCCAGUCUUAGCGAUGAGAACGAGGUUUUAUCUAUGGAGAGGACAAGGGAUCGUCAUCCAUCUGGUAGAAUAGCUUCGUACAUUUCCAAUUCCAUGGACUAUGUACCAAGUAGAUCCAAUAAUCUUCCAAGCGAUGAGCAGACGCAUAAGUACACUGCUAGAAAACAAACUAGUUUACAAGGCGGCCACGAGAGAGUCGCUGAAUUUGAAAGAGAGCUAAAGCUUACGGAACACCUGAAGCCUCUAGCUGAGACGCGUAAGGUCAAACGAGUGGAUUCCACAUUGGAUGAGAAACCUGAGAUGGAUAAGGGUAUCGAGAAGGAGGCCUUGGUGGUCGAGAUCAAGGAAGCGGAUAGUGGAGAGAGCACUCAGGCUUCGCCAUGUCCUGAUAACAGUACCAGUCUCAACGUGAUGAAGGAUGAAAUCAGUAUAGUGAAUAACGCGAGAGAAGCAACGAGCAACGUGACAGUUGUCGAGGAGGAAGUGCAGGAUAAGGAAGAUUGUGAGAAAAAGGAGGAUUCCGAAACUACGGAUGAAACACGACGACCCUCGCUGAUAAGGAGAAAUACAUUCGAACUUGAUUCCAACGAGGAGACACUGUCAGUCUUGAGGCAGGAGUACGAGAGACGUCAGGGUAGCCUUGUAUUUCAAAAUUCCAUUCCACAGUACUCUGGACAUCGUGUCGACGGCGACUCUUGUUUUUUACCCGCUGUGGAUACUGCUGUGCCUAUACUGGACACCGAGCCAAGUCCUUCCGCAGCGGAUAUUUCAGAAUCCGGUGACAUGCGUUACGAUUCGACAAUGCCGUUUUUGUUGCUAGAUAAAGUGGGUCACACGGCAGCGCAGGAGGGAGCAGAGAAUAAUUGCCAUCUUGACAUCAGUAUUGAAAACUCCAAUGCAGUCUAUCCCGUGAUUAAAAGUGCCAGUGAUAAAUUCGUUAUAGAGAACAAGGUCGAGUUGCUGGAUGACCUGAUAGAGAACUCGAGCAGCAGUUUACCUGUAAAUUUAAAUUACACUGUGGAGAAGGAAGAUCGUCUUUUGGAUUUGAUGAAGAUAAAGAAACGCGACGAGAGAGCACCUAUUGUUUCUGGUGGUGCCAGUACUUCUGAUUAUAAAAAACCAACUGAUAGUCCAAUUGUGCGCCGUAAAACAGAAUCCACACCAAUCGUAUCCGGCGGUUCGGUUAUUAUGAAUGAACCGGAAGUUAAAGCUAAGCCUAAUAGAAUGUCUACUUCUAUGACUGCCUGGGUCGUUGACAUGAGUGGUUGCAAUAGGAGUGAUGCUAAGUCUUCUAUGACAUUUGAUACCCAGGAAGGUAUGUCGCAGAGCUUUUCAUCGUCGGAUUGCAUUAAGAGCGUGAAAAAAUGCAAGUCUCAGGAUAGGCAGCACGGAAGUCUGGGUUUUUUUGUCAAUUUAAGUAACAUGGAGACAAAGAAGAUGACGGACGCACGCGAAGCAGAGAAAAAGGAACAGAACGGGACUGGAAAGCAAUACUGUGAAUUUUAUAUAGAUAUGUCUGGGAAGAGUGAUAGCAAUGCCAAGUGUAAAAAGCAAGAAACUGUUGACCCAAGUAACAAUAAGAAUCAAAGCGUCCAGGAGGGAAAUGAUAAGAAAAAUAUAUUUUCCAUGUUCAUCGAUUUGAGUGAGCCAAGUAAGAAGAAUGGCAAUGAGACUAGUAGCGAAUCAUGUAAAGGAAGUUUAAUCAAGGUUUACGAUAAGAAGGUAGAAGCAGAUCAGUCAAAAGUUAGUGAUAUGAAUGAGUCUGAUGAAAAUGGCGGCAGUGGCAGUGCACAAAAUCAUUGUAUCCGUGAACAAAGAUCUGUUAGGGAUAACAGUAAGCCCAGCGUUUUUAUGUUUAUAGAAUCAGAUUCACCAGUCGUUAGACGACGUACCCUGUCAUCCUCUAGGCCAGUAUUUAAGCGACAUUCCUGGAAUGUGGACAAGUCACAAUCUGCAAGUGGCAAUGGACAUGUUGGCAAGGAAUUAUUAUUUAGGAAAGAACAUAAACGAGCCCACAGCCUCUCCGUGGACCGUGGCGAUAUCAGGAGAAUACAAACUAAAGGAAGUAAUUCUAGUCAUUCGCUGAGUGAAGUAGCACGUGCUGAUACUUUGAAUGCAAAAAAUCCUAAGCGGCUACAGGAACAAGAUAAUGGUCGCAACAUGGAUACAUCCUCGGAGGAUGUUUUUGAAUUUGAUACUCGUGACACUCCGCCGAAUUCUCACAUUGAGAUUGUUAAUGAGGAGCUUCGCGUUUCUGUAAAGCAUCACGAUUAUAAGGAACUGAUUUCCAGUGAGGUGGAGGAAAAUAUGGAGAUUUCAGAUGUCAAGCUCUUCGAGGAGGAGUACUCCGAAGUGUCUGUUUGGGAUAAAACUGGUACAGAGAGUACAGAAGGUCACACGCGUAAGAGCGAGACAUUUGACAUUAGUAGCGGAAGUGGACCAUCUCCAGGAAGUGAUAAUCAUGACUUUGAAUUACCUGACUUAUUAAAUGGAGAUAUACCAAAUGUGGAGCAAAAACAGGGUGCUGCUGGGGGUAGUAAAAUCUUAGAGGCACAAAAAUCUCUUAAUGAGAAAAUAAAAAAAAUUGAAUGUGAACUGAAAAGGCCUGAUUGUGAGAUGCUGGAUCAAAAGCAUAAGGACAAAAGUGACAGCAGAUCAUUGCGAAAAAAUGAAAAAUCUAAUGACUAUGACUUAAAAGAUAAUCAGUCAGGACCUUCGAAGACAACAGGUUCAUCUUUUGUAAGAUUGUCAGAUUUGGAUAAAACACCAGCACGUAUUGAUACGUCUGACGCUAUUCUUAGUAAGGAAGACAGAGUUACUUAUCGUAUGAGCAACAGCAUACCAGAAACUUCAUGGAUUGAAAGUAAAUUGGUAAUGUCAAGAUCCAGUGGUCCAGUGAGGACAUUGUCCAGGAAGUUCACAUCAGUUAUGACAACGUCUUUACCACCGAAGCAAAAGUCACCACUCGAAGAUAUGGCUACUGACUGUGAAGGUGAAGGCAUAAUCUCAGAAUCUGAUCUCAGUAGCAUGCAAAGCAGUAUGGGACGAUCAGGCGCUGAGGGAAGCACCGAAGAAACGGAAACUUCAAGUCUAGCUGGAGGAAAGCCAUACAAUAGAUUAGGAGAAGAUUUAUUAAGAAUGUUCUUAGAAGAGAUUAAUCCUGAUGUCACAAUAGAUGUAGCUGGUCGUAGAAUUCGAGCACAUAAGUGCAUACUGAGUUCACGCUGUCAAUAUUUUGCUGCCAUAUUGAGUGGGGGUUGGGUCGAGAGUGCUGGAAAUGUUAUUCCUUUACAGGGGUAUUCAUACAAUGCAGUACAUUUUGCACUGUGCCACAUAUACAGCGGAGAGAGUAAUAUACCAGAUUCGAUCAGCAUAGUGGAAUUGGCCACAUUAGCUGAUAUGCUCUGCUUAGAGGGUUUAAAAGAAGUAAUAGGAUACACGCUUAAAGUGAAAUACUGUCACUUGUUUCAUAAGCCCUGCCAAAUAUGUGCAGUAGGCGUAUUGGAAUGUAUGCCACUUGCUGCUGCUUAUGGUCUCGAUGAAGUAUACAGGAAGUCCCUUCGAUGGAUAACAAGACACUUUGUAAGAAUCUGGCCAUGUAAAGCAUUUGCCACACUCCCAAGGGAACUAAUGGAUAAAUGCUACCAUCAGCAUAUAGUCCACAUGUCAACAGACAACGUACUCCAGACCAUAAUGGAUUGUGACAAGCUCUUAGCCACUUUGCCAAACGUACGUUGGGCUGAACCAGUAUUUCGACUUGUCUCGAAUCUUUUGGAAACAGCUGUCAAGUUCUUGUCUGAAAAUUUUUCUGGAGUGCUAGGAAACGAAAAGUUCCAGGCUCUGGGUCGGGAACUCACAUGGAACAUUAGUCGCCUGGAGGAUAAUUUUCUAGCAGCUGCAGAUCGCCUACCACCUGAACAAGCAUGCAAGAGUUAUUCCAAACUGCACAAAAUGUUGGCCACUUCUCAAACGGAUGAUCCACCAUCUAAUAUGAAAUGGGGUCAAUUAUUUGUUGACUUCCUGAAGAAGAUUCAGAGUAGAGUAGAGAAAUGUCUUGUGCGGGAAGCUACUAGAGCAGCUAGGACCAGUUCGUGGCUUAAGAUGGACUUGGAACUUCGUCGUAGGAUACAAGAAUUAGCUUGCCUCGUUAUCUUGCCCCACGAAACUUCGAAACGUCCAUCCAGGCAUUCUAAUUUCCUAAAAGAACCAAAAGCGCCAUCCAGUCGUUCAACGACGAGUCGAAGUCUCGAUUUAAGACGAGUUAAAUUGGUCAUAACCGAACAUACCGACAAGACCAUUAAACAAGCAACACUUGUACCGCAAGCAAAAAAAGUUUUAAAUAAACCAAAGAGCGAUCCUCUGGAGCGCAAAGUGCAAGAAGAAAAGCAGGCUCCAAGUGACAGUUCAAGCAGACCAAAAUCUUGGCCAAAUAAGAUGGAGGUGAAAUCAAGAUACCUAGAGCCAAGGAACAAGUCGGUCACAAAAGAAACUGCACCACCCGCAGUGCAAUCCGAGAAGGUUAUGGUACAACAAAGAAGAAAAAUAAUGAUCUCAUCAUCGGACUCAUCACGGACAUCAAGUCCAGCAGUGAAACGUGCUGUGGAUAAGAAACCAUUAGCAAAAAUUAAGCUGCCGAUAAAGAAGGAUGUAAAGGCACUCUCGUCAGACAGUUUAACGGAAACCAAUGUCAGUAGAGUGAAUAACAGGAAGGACACAACGAGUAAGAGUUGCGGCAUCACCCGUCCCGAGUCUCCAACAUUCAAACAAAAGGAUACCGAGAUAGGUCUAUCAGUAGAUUCCUUAGCCGAGCCCAAGAAGAAAUCAUCGAUCAAGAUGAAAACCGGCAAGAUGGACACGUCCAUGUCAACCGACAGUCUUAUGACAGAGAUCACAGCCACGCCAAAGUCAAGCACCUCCAACAAACUGUCGCCAACAUUAGGUCGUGGAAUAAACAAGACCCAGGUAUACGACCGUACCAAGAAGACAUCACCACCGACGCAACAAAGAAGUCCACUGACUAUCACCCGGAAACCCCUCAGGUCAUUGGAAAGUUCAACAGCAGCCAGUCGAAACCGAGCAGUAGCCGUAACGCCUUAUCAGGGCUCGCCAAAUCUACGAAGGAAUCUCCUGGACGCCGCAAAGACGCCUGACAUCCUAAGUAAGUCCGUACACCAAGUAGCGAGUCGUACAAGUCCGCGACAGAGUGCACAAACGACGAGCGCAGUGUCUAAUGUAAUAAAGAGAGAAAGAAAGGAGACGCUUUCGAAUCAGCAGAGUCUGGAUAGUCCCAGCAAGAGGUCAUCCCCUAAGUCUACCGCCACAUAUAAGGUUAAUAAACAACCAGCAGCAGGUGUAAAGAAAGCUUGUAAGCCUGGUGAGGAUAAGGUGAAAACAAAGUGCCAUAACGGGGAACCCGUAAAGCAGCCCACAGUCGGAUCUAGAUCCGGAACUUUUUUGAAGGACGAGCCCACGAUACUUAAAAAGGCAGACAUUAAGUCGUCGCAAGCUAAUCUUUAAUUAUUCUGAUUAGAAUGCUAUAUGAAUGUCCUUUGUAGGUUGCAUUAGCAUUUUAUGGAUAUUAUAAAAGUUUAUCGUCCACGUCAUCUGUGAGAUGAUGAGGUAAAUCCCAAGCGAUGAGAAAUCCUAACUACUAACUUGUAAGAUACAGAUAUUAUUCGAGUCCAGGAAGUGUCGCAUGAAGUCGCGAGACAAUCAAAACUCGUGUACUUGCAUUUAGUGAGAGCCCAGGGUACACUUGUUUUGACAUCCAUUACGCGAUAAUGUGACCUUGUGCCCUGGUUAUUCCGACAUCAGUGAGACACACCUUCCUUCCUCUAAUGCUUUUUAUCAGAGGUCUAUUUUACAGUCGUUCAACGUAGGGACGACGGCUAUUCGAUUCACGUAUAGAUUUCUGUUUUGAUUAAUUUUUAUUGUACUUUAGAUUGCUGCACAAUUACGGGACGAGUCAAGAUUAUGUUCUUCGAUCACUGAUAGAACUUUAUGGAUACUCGUCCAGAAUGGAAACUUUUACAUAGAUGUAUGCAUUGGUGUCAUGUAGAUUGAUAUACGCAGCAUGCCCAUAGUUCAUAGGCGAACGACAUGGCCAGUUACAAAUGAUAUGUUUAGAUAGUUUUCGUCCUUGUUAACGAUAAAAAAAGGUGGACGAGCCAUAUCAAAUGAAUUGUUUUAUAGAACUCUUUUUGUGACGUUAAUUAAUUUUUUUUUAUAAUGUGAUGCAUUUGCGUUCCACUUCGCGUAUGUUGCCAUUCUAUAACCCAACUCUGGUUCUAGCUAAAAUAUUUUAUUGAUAAAUGCGAUUUCUUAUACGACAUGUCGUACGUAGUUAUUAUAAUUAUUUAUUAAAUUUCUAUCUAUAUUUUGCAAUGUACAUUUUUAUGCAAUAUUUGUAUCUAGUCAUUUAUAUAUUUUAAAUAUUUACUUUUAUGUAAUGUUAAUAAAUAUUUCAAAUAUAACGUUAGAACAUUGUUGCCUUCGAUCUGAUUUUGUACGGUCAAUUGAAAAGUGCAUGUUUCAUUUCUAAAAUGGUUUUUCCUAUUGACAAGAGUAUAUUAGAUUCGUGGUUUCCACAAAAACCUAAUAAAAAUAUGUGUAAAUGAAGAAUCAUAUUAUCACUACAUU